AGUGGCAAGUACCGCUGGUACUUUUCCUAUCGAGUUUGCAACCUGCAAAAUCCGAGUCGGAAUAGCCAACAAGAUGACAUGUCGAACCUUUGGGAUACCAAAGACCUACGUUCAACGUGCCCGCGAGAUAUCGCAUUAUCCUUUUGAUCGCAACCAAAGAAUGAGUCAAGCAGCUGGCAAUGACGGACAGGCGGUCCCAGAGGGGGAGCCUGAGCACGUGAGCGUGCCCACUGAAGCAUCGAGCUUCACACCUCAGCAGGCCUCCGAGCAGGCGGUCCCAGGCGUGGGCCCUAUACCGGAAGCCAUCCCUAUUGUCCAGCCGCAGUUCGCGGCUAACUUCAUGAACUUCCUCCAGCAGAUGGCUGGAGCUUACGUGCCACCACCGCCGCCACCGUCGCCACCAGUGGCGGUGGUCACUAUCGAGAAACUCCGGAAGAAUGGAGCUGAGGAAUUCUUGGGCGAUCAGAUCGCCGACCCCAUGAUUGCCAAACGGUGGUUUGAGCGAACCAUCCGAGUGUUGGGGAACCUGAGGGUUCCACAGGAGCAGCGUGGCGACCUCGCAGUCGCAUUACUUCAGGAUUCCGCCUACGACUGGUGGAAGCGUGUGGGAGCAGGCGUCCCGGAGCCCGUGCAGAUUUGACCGACUCUUCCACGAAGAGUACAUCCCUGAGCACUUCGUCGAGGCGAAGCGGGAGGAGUUUUUGAAGUUCACCCAGG